CAGGCGCGGGGCAAGCUCGGCUAAAGAGAGCACUCCGGCUGGGUUUCUCUCGCAAAGAACUCUGACGUUGAGACCUGUCCUGGAGGAACUGUGAGCGACCUGGCAAUUCAGCCAGCAUGGCUGUCUCUUUGCCACCCACCCUGGGACUCAGUUCCACUCCAGAUGAAAUCCAGUAUCCACAUAUUAAAUUUUCAGAAUGGAAAUUUAAGCUGUUCCGGGUGAGAUCCUUGGAAAAGGCACCUGAAGAAGCUCAAACGGAAAAGAAAGAUUCCUCUGAGGGGAAACUCUCUCUAGAGCAAUCUCCCGUAGUCCCGGACAAGGCUGGGGCUGAGAAACCAGCUUUAACACAACCAGCGUUAAAGCCUCACCCUAAGUUUUUGAAGAAAUCCCACGAUGAUGAUGGGAAGGCAAGAGAAAAAGCAAUCCACCAAGCCAACCUUCGGCAUCUCUGCCGCAUCUGCGGGAAUUCUUUUAAAAAUGUUGAGCGCAAUAGGAGAUAUCCAGUCCAUGGGCCCGUGGAUGGUAAAACCCAAGUCCUUUUACGAAAGAAGGAAAAGAGAGUCACUUCCUGGCCAGACCUCAUUGCCAAGGUUUUCCGGAUCGAUGUGAAGGCAGAUGUUGACUCAAUCCACCCCACUGAGUUCUGCCAUAACUGCUGGAGCAUCAUGCACAGGAAGUUCAGCAGCGCCCCAAGCGAGGUCUACUUCCCACGGAAUGCAACCAUGGAGUGGCACCCCCACACACCGUCCUGUGACAUCUGCCACACUGCCCGUCGGGGACUCAAGAGGAAGAUUCAUCAGCCAAAUGUGCAGCUCAGCAAAAAACUCAAAAUGGUGCUUGACCGAGCAAGGCAAGCACGUCAGCGCAAGAAGAGAGCUCAGGCAAGGAUCAGUAGCAAGGAAAUGAUGAAGCAGAUUGCCACCUGCAAUAAGAUUCAUCUUAGUACCAAGCUCCUUGCAGUGGACUUCCCGGCACACUUUGUGAAAUCCAUCUCCUGCCAGAUCUGUGAACACAUCCUGGCUGACCCCGUGGAGACCACCUGUAAGCAUGUGUUUUGCAGGAUCUGCAUUCUCAGAUGCCUCAAAGUCAUGGGCAGCUAUUGUCCCUCUUGCCGAUAUCCCUGCUUCCCUACUGACCUGGAGAGUCCAGUGAAGUCCUUUCUGAGCAUCUUGAACUCCCUGAUGGUGAAAUGUCCAGCAAAAGAGUGCAAUGAGGAGGUCAGCUUGGAAAAAUAUAAUCACCAUGUCUCAAGCCACAAGAACUCAAAAGAGACUUUCGUGCACAUCAACAAAGGAGGCCGGCCCCGCCAGCAUCUCCUCUCACUGACCCGGAGGGCUCAGAAACACCGUCUGCGGGAGCUCAAGCUGCAAGUGAAGGCCUUUGCUGACAAAGAGGAAGGUGGAGAUGUCAAGUCUGUGUGCCUGACCUUGUUCUUGCUGGCGCUCAGGGCGAGAAAUGAACACAGACAAGCUGAUGAGCUGGAGGCCAUCAUGCAGGGACGUGGCUCUGGCCUGCAGCCAGCUGUGUGCUUGGCCAUCCGCGUCAACACCUUCCUCAGCUGUAGUCAGUACCACAAGAUGUACAGGACUGUCAAAGCCAUCACGGGGAGGCAGAUUUUUCAGCCUUUGCAUGCCCUUCGGAGUGCUGAGAAGAUCCUUCUGCCGGGCUACCACCCGUUCGAGUGGCAGCCACCUCUGAAGAACGUGUCUUCCAGCACUGAUGUGGGCAUUAUUGAUGGGCUGUCUGGACUGACCUCCUCUGUGGACGAUUACCCGGUAGACACCAUUGCGAAGCGGUUUCGCUAUGAUGCAGCAUUGGUGUCUGCUUUGAUGGACAUGGAGGAAGACAUCUUGGGAGGCAUGAGAGCCCAAGACCUUGAUGACUACCUGAACGGCCCGUUCACCGUAGUGGUGAAGGAGUCUUGUGACGGGAUGGGAGAUGUGAGUGAGAAGCACGGGAGCGGGCCAGCAGUUCCUGAAAAGGCGGUUCGGUUCUCAUUCACAAUCAUGAAAAUUACUAUAGCCCAUGGCUCCCAGAAUGUGAAGGUAUUUGAGGAAGCCAAACCUAACUCUGAACUGUGUUGCAAGCCCUUGUGCCUUAUGCUGGCCGAUGAGUCCGACCACGAGACCCUCACAGCCAUCCUAAGCCCUCUCAUUGCAGAGAGAGAGGCCAUGAAGAACAGUGAAUUGAUGCUUGAGAUGGGAGGCAUCCUCCGGACUUUCAAGUUCAUCUUCAGGGGCACGGGAUAUGAUGAGAAACUUGUCCGUGAAGUGGAAGGCCUCGAGGCUUCUGGUUCUGUCUACAUCUGCACGCUUUGUGAUGCCACCCGCCUGGAAGCCUCUCAAAACCUUGUCUUGCACUCCAUAACCAGAAGCCAUGCGGAGAACCUGGAGCGCUAUGAGGUCUGGCGUUCCAACCCAUUCCAUGAGUCUGUGGAAGAGCUCCGGGAUCGGGUGAAAGGGGUCUCGGCCAAGCCCUUCAUUGAGACAGUCCCUUCCAUCGAUGCACUCCACUGUGACAUUGGCAAUGCAGCUGAGUUCUACAAGAUUUUCCAGCUAGAGAUAGGGGAGGUGUAUAAGAAUCCCAGUGCCUCCAAAGAGGAAAGGAAAAGAUGGCAGGCUACCUUGGACAAGCAUCUCCGAAAGAAGAUGAACCUGAAACCAAUCAUGAGGAUGAAUGGCAACUUUGCCAGGAAGCUCAUGACCAAAGAGACUGUUGAAGCCGUUUGUGAAUUAAUUCCCUCCGAGGAGAGGCAUGAAGCCCUGAGGGAGCUGAUGGACCUUUAUUUGAAGAUGAAACCUGUAUGGCGCUCAUCAUGCCCUGCUAAAGAGUGCCCAGAAUCCCUCUGCCAGUAUAGUUUCAACUCACAGCGGUUUGCUGAGCUCCUCUCUACCAAGUUCAAAUAUAGGUAUGAGGGCAAAAUCACCAAUUAUUUUCACAAAACCCUGGCACACGUCCCUGAAAUUAUUGAGAGGGAUGGCUCCAUUGGGGCUUGGGCAAGUGAGGGAAAUGAGUCAGGCAACAAACUGUUCAGGCGCUUCCGGAAAAUGAAUGCCCGGCAGUCGAAGUGCUACGAAAUGGAAGAUGUCUUGAAGCAUCACUGGCUGUAUACUUCCAAAUACCUUCAGAAGUUUAUGAACGCUCAUAAUGCAUUAAAAAACUCUGGGUUUGCCAUAAACUCCCAGGGAUGUUUAGAGGAGGACCCAUUAGGCCUAGAGGACUCUCUGGAAACUCAAGAUUCAAUGGACUUCUAA